GCGAAAAAAAGCGCGCGAGGGGUUCGCGCUGAAACUGAUGAAUCUUUUCUAACUGACAGGCGUCAUUAAAGAAAUAAAUGAGUAUUGAUUAUAAUUAACCGCGCUCUGACAGCACGGUGACACGAAACUGGUGAAAUUACACCGACUGUCUCUGACUAGCAAACAUGUUUACAUGCGCAAAACUAAAAGCGACUAAAAACGAUCAGGAAGCUCUGAACAUGAACAUCAUGGUGGAGAUGUGAGGACUGUUGACGGUCGAGAGAAUCUGAGCUCUGAAUGGAUCAGGACAAAUGUGAAGUGAAUUACUGUAAUGAGACUCAUGUGAGAGACAGACAGAGCACAUUUACAAACUACACACACGGACAGACGGACGGAGAGACUCAUGGACGGAGAGACGAGUGGGGUCUGAUUGUGGAAGAUGGAGGAAAAGACCGAACAGGAGGAAGCGCCACGCAAAGACAACGGUGACGUCAAAGGCCCACCUAAACAGCGUCUGACCGUCUGUUUGAUCAGCGCCGCGUUCUUCGGAUCCGUAGGAUCGUCCUUCCUGUACGGAUAUAACCUGUCGGUGGUCAACGCUCCGGCCAGAUACAUAAAGACCUUCUACAAUAAGACGUGGAUCGAUCGCUAUAAUGAGCCCAUUGGAGACGGGACGGUCACCCUGCUCUGGUCCAUCACGGUGUCCAUCUUUGCCAUCGGCGGUCUGGUGGGGGCGCUGACGGUCUCUUUCCUCAUCAAAGUGUUGGGCAGGAAAGGAACUCUUCUGGCCAAUAACGCUCUGGCUCUGAUCGCUGCGCUCCUAUUGGCUCUGGGAGAAACGGCCGGAUCCUUUGAGAUGCUCAUCAUUGGUCGCUUCAUCAUCGGCAUGGAUUCAGGUGUGUCUCUCAGCGUGUUGCCCAUGUAUUUGGGUGAGAUUUCUCCUCGGCAGAUCCGCGGCUCCAUCGGUCAGUUUCACGCCAUCUUCAUCUGUCUGGGUGUUUUCAUCGGGCAGGUGCUCGGACUGCCUGAGAUCUUUGGACAGGAAAGCAGAUGGAACUUCCUGUUCGGUUUCUUGGCACUUCCUGCCCUGCUGCAGCUGUGUGUCCUGCCGUUUCUGCCCGAGAGUCCGAGAUUCCUGCUGAUGGAGCGCCGGGACGAGGCGAGAGCGGAAAAAGUUGUCGUGGUUUCUCAUGUCCAUGAUGAGAUCAGGUGUGAUCAGACUGACAGAAUGAGGCUGAGCACAUCAUCACAUCAUCACAACAUCACAACACCAAUCAAAACGUUCCAGGCAUUUCUGGGCCGUUCAGACGUCAGCCGUGAGCUGGAGGAGGUUCACGCCGAGAGUCGCGCUCAGAACACGCAGCGGACGGCGUCGGUGCUCGAGCUCUUCCGUAAGCGUUCGCUCCGCUGGCAGCUGAUCACCGUGAUCGUCGUCAUGAGCUGCUAUCAGCUGUGCGGACUCAACGCCAUCUGGUAUUACACUAACGGGAUCUUCCAGGAGGCCGGAUUCCAGCAGUCGCUGAUCCCGUACAUCACGCUCAGCACGGGCGGCAUCGAGACGCUGGCCGCCAUCAUAUCGGGUUUAGUGAUUGAGAAAGUCGGUCGGAGGCCGUUACUGAUCUUUGGUUUUUCAGCGAUGGCUGUUUUCUUCAGUCUCCUCACAGUCUUCCUGCAUUAUCAGGACAGGUUCCCGUGGAUGCCGUAUCUCAGCUUCACCUCCAUUCUGCUUCUGAUCGCUUCCUUCUGCUCCGGUCCAGGCGGUGUCCCGUUCGUGUUGACGGGGGAGCUGUUUGAACAGUCGUAUCGUCCGGCCGCGUUCAUGAUCGCAGGCACCGUCAACUGGCUCUCAAACUUCGCUGUGGGACUCCUGUUCCCCUUCAUACAGGAGGCGCUGCAGACGUUUGCCUUCCUGCUGUUUGUGGUGGUUUGUGCCGUCGGUGCCGUUUAUCUGCUGGUCGUUCUGCCGGAGACCAAAAACAAGACCUUCAUGGAGAUCAGCCAGAGUUUCUCCAAGAUCAACGGCAUCCCGGACCAGACUCACGAGCGGGAGAUGACGAACGUGCUGGACACGGACGCCGCCAACGGACUCAAAUGUGCCGACGGGGAGAUGGAGAGCUCCUUCUGAACCAUGCAGGAGUUUGUAAAGUGACGCACGACUGAUGUUUCUUCUCAGAAAUGAUGUUCAGUCCUUCAUUAUGACUGAAGAGCACCGCUAACCUCAGUGGUCUGUAGUUUUACGUGUGUGUGUGUUUAGUUUAUAUAUCCUGGUGGGGACUUAAACCUGAAUACACACACACUCAUGGGGACUCGUGUCAUGAUGGGACAUGAUGGGAUUUUUUUGAGAAAGUAAAAAUGCAGAACGUCUCGUGUGACGUGUAGGGUUGGUGUAGGGCGAUAGAAAAUAUGGUUUGUACAGUAUAAAAACCAUUACACCUAUGGAGAGUCCCUACAAGAAUAGCUGACCAGACUCUGUGCGUGUGUGUGUGUGUGUGUGUGUGUGUGUGUGUGUGUGUGUGUGUGUGCGUGUGUGUGUGUGCGUGUGAUGUUCCUGUAGGGCAGUAAAGUCCACAGACAUGAAGCAAUGCACUACACUUUUCCUUCACGUCGUCACUGCUAAACUGAUGUUCUUCCUCAGAAUUUCUGUCUUGUUUUUUCAGUACAAAUAUCUAAACAUCCUCAAAUCAAGAUACAUUUACUGGAGAAGCAUCAGAUAUAAAGUUUUGUUUUCUGCAGUUUGAGAGUAAUUACACAAUGAAAAAACAUGAUUUUUUAAAAUUAUCCGUUUUGCAAAUAAAUUCUUAUAUAUAUAUAUAUAUAUGUUAUAUUAUAUAUAUGCACAAUUUGCUAUGUGCUAUGUAAUAUAGUUUAUAUGUGACCCUGAAGCACAAAACCAGUCUCAAGUAUCACGGGUAUAUUUGUAGCAAUAGCCAACAAUACAUUGUGUGGGGCAAUGAUCGAUUUUUCGUUUAUGCCAGAAAUAAUUAGGAUAUUAAGUAAAGAUCAUGUUCCAUGAAGAUAUUUUGUAAAUUUCCUACUGUAAAUAUAUCAAAACUUAAUUUUUGAUUAGUAAUAUGCAUUGCUAAAAACUUCAUUUGGACAACUUUAAACAUGAUUUUCUCAAUAUUUUGAGUUUUUUUUUGCACCCUCAGAUUUCAGAUUUUCAAAUAGUUGUAUCUUGGCCAAAUACACACAUCAAUGGAAAGCUCAUUUAUUGAGAUUUCAGAUGAUUUAUAAAUCUCAAUUUAAAAAAAAAUUACCAUUAUGAUUGGUUUUGUGGUCCUGGGUCACACACACACACACAUAUAUAUAUAUAUAUAUACACACAUAUACACACACAAUAUUUAUUAACUCAUUUUACUUCAUUUUUUUUUCUGUAUAUAUUUUACUCUAGUAAAUGUGUCUGGAUUUAGGAAUGUUUAGAUGUUUGUACUGGAAAAGACUAAUAUUAUGAAAAUCAUUUUUGUGCUGUAGAGCAGCUGCCUCAAGAUGAGCCUCACUUUUACUUCUGUAUUCCUAAUUCUGGUAGGUAUAUUUUAUAACAUUUAUGGCAGUGAAAUAUGAACCUACCAUCAGGUAAUCCAUUACAGUGUUUUUGAAGUAAAUGUUCUGAAGCUCAAGCGCUUCUGUUCAUCUCAGGUAGUUGAGAUUGAAUGUUCUCGUGAAGGUUUCUGAAGACUGUUCAGCAUUUAUUAAUCUGACAGCAUUAUUUGCUCAUUAAAACUGGAGGCAGAUUUAUUAAAUCCAGCGUUACGGUGAGAUGCUCGUGCGAUUAGUACUUAACAAACGUCAAGCAGAAUCUGUGAGGCGUAAGACAGAAACCCAACAGCAGCAGCGUAAAAUUGAACCAGGAAAGCAAAACACAAUCUUCGCUUUAAUAACAGGAACCACAUAACAUUUCAAGCUGUGAUGCAUGAUGGGAACAUGCACAUUGCUCAACACAAGAUUGUUUGUUCAAAUUUGGAAAGUUUUGAGCAAACGCAUAAGGUCAACAACAUUUCCUGUUCAGAUUCACCAAAGUAAAUGAACCUCAUUUGUGACCCUGCAGCACAAAAACAGUCGCUGGGGUUUAUUUAUAGCAGUAGCCAAAAAUGCAUUGUGUGGGUCAAAAUGAUUGAUUUUUCUUUUAUGCCAAAAAUCAUUAGGAUAUUAAGUAAAAAUCAUGUUCCAUGAAGAUAUUUUGUAAAAUUCCUACUGUAAAUAUAUCAAAACUUAAUUUUUGAUUAGUAAUAUUCAUUAUUAAGAAGUUAAUUUGGACAACUUUUAAGGUGAUUUUCUCAAUAUUUAGAUUUUUUUGCACUCUUGCAAAUGGUUGUAUCUCGGCCAAAUAGUCCUAUCCAAACAAACAAUACAUCAAUGGAAAGCUCAUUUAUUCAGCUUUCAUGUGAACUCAAUUUUGAAAAAUUGACCCUUAUGACUCCAGGGUCACAUUUAAAAUCUGUGCUCGAGAUUCUUGAUGCAGGUGGAGACAGACAAUACACAUCAUUCACUGAUAAAAUCAUUAUGUGAACUAAAUACAACUCCGUGAAGACAUCAGAAUACAAAUAAACUCAUCAACGGAGAAAUACGAGCUUAACAUCGUUCAGGUGCCUGCGUAUGAUUCAUGAAUCACGAAUCGCAGUGAGCGUAAAUGCACACAUUUAAUAACAAAACACAUUUCAUUUGAGCAGACAGACGAUAGAGAGAUCUGUGCACAUAUAAAUCACACAACAUAGAUGAGCACAGAAAUAAACCUUAACCUUAACCUUAACCUUAUUAAACAUCGUAUAGAUUUUAAAAUCUUGCUAAUUACUUAUAAAGCCCUGAAUGGUUUAGCUCCCCAGUACCUGAGUGAGCUCUUAUCGCAUUAUAGUCCCUCACGUCCGCUGCGUUCUCAAAACUCUGGCAAUUUGAUAAUACCGAGAAUAUCAAAAUCAACCGCGGGCGGCAGAUCUUUUUCUUAUUUAGCACCCAAACUCUGGAACAAUCUACCCUACAAUGUUCGGGACGCAGACACACUCUGUCAGUUUAAAUCUAGAUUAAAGACCCAUCUCUUUAACCUUGCUUACACAUAACAAAUCCACAUUCUUAUAAUUCAAAUCCGUUAAAGGAUUGUUAGGCUGCACUAAUUAGGUCAACCGGAACCGGGAACACUUCCCAUAACACCCGAUGUACUCGGUGCAUCGUCAGAAGAAUGGCAUCUACGCUUAUUAGUCUGUUUCUCUCUUAUUCCGAGGUCACAUUAACCACCAGAUCCAGUCCGUAUCCAGAUCAGAUGGUCACUGCAGUCCCCCGGAUCCAGUCCGAACCCAGCCCAGACGGUGGAUCAGCAUCUAGAGACGACCUCUACAGCCCUGAAUGUCAGCGGAGACCACAUCGUCUAGAUGAGCCCCAGAGACGGAUCCACAUUAAAGACCACAUCACCUAGACGGCUGUCGGCACAGGACCACGGGAACUUUGGCCAGAGGAGAACUGGCCCCCCGACUGAGCCUGGUUUCUCCCAAGGUUUUUUUCUCCAUUUGUCACCGAUGGAGUUUUGGUUCCUUGCCGCUGUCGCCUCUGGCUUGCUUAGUUGGGGACACUUUCUCUUAACACAAUAUUGCAUUUUAUUUUAUUGUUUUUGAUUAACUACCUUUACCUAUAAUGUGAGUGUUUAAUGUUGCCUUUGGUUUGCCUUGAUGUACUGUUUCCUACUUAAUACUGUACAGCCGCCUUGUCACAAUUCUUUAUUGUUAAAGGCGGUAUAUAAA